GACUCACUAGAUACGACGCUGCAAGGCUCUUUCCUUUCCGGCUUCGCUCGCCCUCCCUCUGUGCGCUGGUUUCGACUUGGGCUGUGUGGUGUGGAGAGGGCUGGGAUCCCGGGUCCCACUGGGCGAGUCUACUUCGUGCUUGGCUGAGUUUCUGGGGUCCCAAGUGUCCCGGUGGAGCGGCGUGGCCCCAUGGCCCCUCUCAGAGGCGACCCGCGUCUGGUGCUGCUGUUUAGCGGGAAGAGGAAAUCCGGGAAGGACUUCGUGACCGAGAGGCUGCAGAGCAGACUUGGAGGUCACACCUGUGCUGUUCUGCGGCUCUCUGGUCCACUCAAGGAGCAGUAUGCUCGGGAGCAUGGCUUGGACUUCCAGAGACUCCUGGAUGCUAGCACAUACAAGGAGGCUUAUCGGAGGGACAUGAUCUGCUGGGGGGAGGAGAAGCGCCAGACCGACCCAGGUUUCUUCUGCCGGAAGAUUGUGGAAGGCGUGUCCCAGCCUAUCUGGCUGGUGAGUGACACACGGAGGGGGUCUGACAUCCAGUGGUUUCAGGAGGCCUAUGGGGCUGUGACACAGACAGUCCGAGUAGUAGCCUCAGAGCAGAGCCGACAGCAGCGGGGCUGGGUGUUCACACCAGGUGUGGACGAUGCUGAGUCAGAAUGUGGCCUGGACAACUUUGGGAACUUUGACUGGAUCAUUGAAAACCAUGGAGAUGAACAGUGCUUGGAGGAGCAGUUGGAGAACCUGCUGGAAUUUAUUCAUGCCAAACUUUAGUUAUCAGGCUUUAGGGGUAAGCAGAGACUGCUGGCCUGGGGUGAACACUGUUUUUGUCAGAUGUGGGUCCCCAGUCCUGGCUGAGGUCAGAGAGCAGACCAUCUACCUCUAGAUUUCCAGAAGUGUGGGCAGGAUGCUCGAGGUUAGUGGGCAAAUUAGGAAACCUCUAGUGUGCUUAUCUUCCCCAGAGAAAAUGCGAGUGCCUCUCUAGGGCUCUUACAGGACAAAGGCAGGUGCAUCACCAUGCCCCUGGGUGGCCAGGCCUGCUGAGCUGUGACAGUUUUCCUUCCCUGUGUAUGUGCUCUCAGCCUCAGAACCUUAAUAAAUGUCAUUGGAACAGUUCA